AUGGGGGAAAGAGAGGAGCAAAUCCUGACGAGGGAGAUCAGAAAGGAGGACCCGUCACUCAAGGGCCUUCUCUAUAUAUCCAACUUUGCUUCUGUGUAUCACUAUGGUGAUGGGGAGUGGGACAAGCUGAACAUUGAAGGGACGUUUGUAAUGUACAGCAGAGAAUGCUAUCCCUUUGUUGGUAUCUACGUGUUCAACAGAAAGAGCCUGAAGGACUUUUACCUCCACUUGACAAAGGAAACCUCCUUUGGUAUAAAGAAGAACUUCAUGACCAUAAAUAGGCGAGAAAAGGAUGGGAUUCAUGGCCUCUGGUUCCAUGACAACACCCAUCCCCAGGAAGUGCUGAGGUGCUUAGAAGAGUUUCUGUAG